GUCCCAGAACCUGCAGCAACAUUCCUGCCCUCCUCUGUACAGCGAUUUCUCAUCUCCUGUUUAACCCUGAAUGCUUUAAUUUAACCCUGUAACAUGGAAGAAGCUGAGCUGCUGAAGGAGAGACUCCAGGCUAUAACUAAUAAAAGAAAAAUACAAGAAGAUAUUGCACAGAGGAGGAUACAAAUUGAGGAAGAGAAAUUAAAGCUACAUCAUUUAAAGAAAAAAGCUCUUAGGGAAAAAUGGCUCUUAGAUGGAUUAAGUACCCUGUCGUCAGAGGAACAAGAAGAUAUGCUAAGACAGACUCAAGCAGAUCAGCAACAAAUCAAACACCUCGAGAGCAGCACUGACAGACUUGAGCAAGAGAUUGAUGGUCUGGAAAAAGAAGAACUUCAGGUAUCUACCAAAGAAGUGUGUGUGCUUCAGAGGCUGAAGUCUGUUGAAAGAACUACAGAGGAUAUCAUAAAGGCGGUGAAAGCAGAAGUCCGUGAAGAGCCAGUACAUGAUAUUUAUGCUGGGAUACCUGACCUACCAGCAUCUUAUAAACCAUUCUUUGUAAAGCGAAUGGAAAGUGCAACACAAGAAGAUGGUGAAGAGCCCAGAAAAGCAUUGUUUGCCAUGGAAAUAAAGGUUGAAAAAGACAUGAAGUCUGGAAAGAGCACAGUGUUAUCCACCAUACCAGUUCCAUCAAGUGAGUUUGAAGACGCCGGGGUGAAAGUUUAUGAUGAUGGCCGUAAGUCUAUAUAUGCAUUGAAGUCUGAGGGAAGAGGAACACAGAAUGGAGUUGACACACUUGCUCCAGUUGAAGUAGAGGACCUCUUAAGAAAAGCAACGGAAAAACGCUCGGAGUCUCCUACUGAAUAUCAUGAACCUGUCUUUUCUAAUGCAUACGGUUCUACACAAAAGGGCUAUAUUUCCCCAAGAAUGAAUGGCCACAAUUCACCUCAUUCUGAAAACGGUGUUACUCAAAAUGGCAUUGUAAAUAAGGAAGCUCUACCCUGUCCUACAGUGCCUAGAGAAGUCUCCCGGAUUAAAGGACCAUUCCCUGAGGAGUCAAACAUUUCUCACAACCAACCAAGUAUGGAAACACAAGCAGAAGAACCAAUGGCAGAUCAUACUGAACAUCAGCCAACAGUACAGAGGAACCACUACAAGGAAAUUCCCAACAAUUUGGGAGAUUACAACCCUGAUUUCUCAUCCCUAAAUCUGGAGGAGGAUAUGCACUACAAUGUUGUUCAUGCCACACCUUGCUGUACUGAUGACUCUGAACCAGUAACUAUGAUUUUUAUGGGAUAUAAGCAUGCAGAUGAUGGGGAUGUCAAACCAAUUUCGGAUUAUGAAGGGAUUAUUCGUGCUGAACUAGUUGUAAUUGAUGAUGAUGAUGAUGAUGAUGAAGAAGCUGAUAAAAAGGGAGAAGAAAAUACAAAGGAAAGUGUCUCUGUUUCUCCAAUAAUUCGAAACCAAGUGAUUACAUCCUCUAAAAUACAAGAGUCUAUAAAGAAACCAACAAAUCAAAACAUAACUUUGAACAACCAGUUACCCUAUAAGAACUCCAUGUCCUUACAAGAACAAGAGGCUAGCUUAGGCUAUAAUAGCUUUCCCAUUCCAAACAAACAGAUAGUUGAAGAUGGUACAGAAGAUCCCUCACUGACAGCACUAAGAAUACGCAUGGCCAAGCUGGGAAGGAAAGUCAUUUGAGACCAGCAUUUGUAAACAGAAUUUAUUUUGAAAUGGCUGAAGAAAGAUUGAGAAGAACCCUUUAUAAGUCUUUACAUGUGUACUUUUGUGUACUCCUUUUUGUUUAGGUGACAAACAUGCUAUGCAAGUAAAUGUGGCCUUUGUACUUGAUACAUCACAAAACACAGUCAGACUCUGCCUUUCUGUAUAAAUGAAUACAUUGCAUCUUGCAAUGUACUUGCAAUCCCCAGUAGUUUCUGAACUACCACUGCCUCUCUCCUCAUAGUUCAAUAAGUAUAAGGCCACAACUUUGAUAUCCAAAUUCAGAAUAGAUAUGGGAAACCUUUGGCCCUAUAGAUGCUGCUGAACUCUAAUGCUGCCAUCCCACAGCAGACUAAAGGUGGCCAUACAAGAGCGGAUCCGCUUGCUUGGUGAGAUUGCCAAACGAGCGGAUCUUGCACCGAUAUGCCAUUUUGAGUGGGCAAUACCUGGCUGAUCCUAUCAUGGCCCAAUAAUCGGUUCACAAGGCCAGGAAUGCAGGAGGUGGGAUCAAGGACCACAUCAACAAACCAUCGCAGUACUUGAUCUGAUGGAAAUUUUAAGCCACUCCAAUUGAUGUAUGGCUGAUUUUCGGCCAGUCUCGGGACAUGUAUGGCCACCUUAAGGCUGUUUUAGAGCAAGAUUUGCAAGGUGCAAGGUGCCGAGCCCAGAUUUAGAAGGUAAAAGAUGGAUACAUACAUACAUGUAAAUGAACGUUCUGUCUCGAACAUAAAAAGCUGUGGUUUUGGGUCUUUUACAGCUCAAGUCCAACUUGGGGGUGCAAUCAUUGGUCACUUCUCCCCUUAUCUAAUAACAAGAUUACAAAUAUAGGAUGCAUCAGUCAUGCAGCCUUAGUCCCAUGAAUAUGUAGGACAUCAAAUACGAUUGAGGUGUAUCUAGGAGAGCAAAUACGCUUUCUGCCAAAUAUAACCCUAAAUGGCCUUCAGACAAAGUCCUGCCACCAAUAUUAGUCUUUACCCAUAUAACUGGCAUUUUUUUCUCUAAAAUUAAACAUCAGUUAUGUUGUAUUGUUUGAUAGCAAACUAAGACUAAGUUAUGUCCUUUGCAAUUUCCUCUGACCUUUGCUUUAUACAGUGACCUAUCAAUGUGAGAUGAGCUCAGUGACUGUAUCCUGCGUUACCUGUGAGUGGCGCUCUUCCCUUGUAUUGUUACUGCCACAGGGAUUUAAGGGGCUCUGUAUAACCUUGUUCUAAAUUAGCCCAAUCUGUAUGGUUUAUGUUAAUAAUGGACUCCAUCUAUUGUUUUAAUUAAAAUAAAAAUCUGCAGUUUUUGGUUAUUUUUGUAUGAAAUUUGGCACAUUUAAAAUGCGUAUUAACUGAAUAAGUUGUAGUUAUAUUUCCCUUCUGAAAUACACAUUUGUGAUAUCAGAAUAUCCGUAAGAAAACUGGUAGCAUGGGGUGUACUUUAUUAAAUAAAUGCCUUAAGCUGUGCUUAUAUUUCUGCUCAUUAUCCUGGUAGAAUAUACUUAUAUAGUAGGGAUUUAUACUAUUAGACUCAUAAGAGGGACAAUAAACUAUAAACACUUUUUCUGUUCUCAUCCAUUUGUAAAUAAUUUAUGCCAGUUCUGGAGCCCUCCAGCUUUGGCAGAGUUGCAGUUUAGCAGCUGGGAGGCUGAGAUCUCAGCUAGAUUUCAUGUCAUGCAGAAUGUUGGAAAGGAUCUACAAUAUGUCUUCCUAUAAGCAGCUUAUUAAAGGGUGAAGUGACCCAUUACUAGGCAGAUAAAGGUGAAAUCUUGAGAUUUAUUGUACAGGAGCCAAGGUAUUUUACCUAUCAGUACCUUUUUAGCAGAAACAUUUAUGCCUGUGCUUUGCAGCUGCCUCCAUGGUGGGCUUUAGUAAGAAAGUUCUAACCCCAGCAUGCUUUGUGUUUAUACUGGUAGCUCUCUCUGUGCCUUAUGUUGUCUCAGUCUGUUCCUUUCAUGUCUUCUUUCUUUUAUUCUCUUAUUUAUUUGUUUUUGCCUGUAAAAUGAUUCACAGAUAAUAAAGAUAAAAUGCAAA